AUGCAGGGCCGCAUUUUUAAAGGCAGAGUGCUGCUAGUGGCCUUGGUUGUGCUCGCGAAUGUGUCGGAUGGGGAGCUCCUGAGAAAUUCAAGCUGUGCUAACGACGACGAUCAGGCCCUCUUACAAGCACGAGUGAAUGUUGCUUGCAACCCUGAUGAGACGCCACCCGUGCUGACGGUGCCUGCAGACAUCGUGGUGGACAACGACCCUGGACUGUGUGCGGCCGUCGUGAACUAUGCUCCUCCCACGGCAACGGACAACUGUGCAGUACCGACGAUUGCACUGACCGGCGGACCAAGCUCUGGCGCAAGUGUCCCUGUUGGCAGCGCUGGUGUGACCUUCACUGCGACCGAUGGGGCUGGCAACACUGCAACUGGUAGCUUCACCGUUACGGUCAUCGACAUUGAGCCCCCGGUGCCGACUGUGAAUGGAGGCAACGGAAACAUCGAGGUGCCCAACGACCCUGGAGUGUGUGGGGCCACCGUGAGCUAUCCUGAUGCUACCGCAACAGACAACUGUGCGGUAAACUCGGUCGUGCUGACCAGCGGGCUUGGAAGCGGCACUAUUUUCCCGGUGAUCCCCGUCACCUCAGAGACCUGGACUGCGACCGAUAGUGCCGGCAACGCUGCAACCAGUAGGUUCACGGUCAAGGUCAACGACGUCGAGGCCCCAGCGCUGACGGUGCCUGCAGACAUCGCGGUGAACAACGACCCUGGACAGUGUGCGGCCGUCGUGAACUAUGCUCCUCCCACGGCAACGGACAACUGUGCGGUAGACUCGCUCGUGUUUGUGGGGCUUGGCCCCGGCAGCAGUUUCCCGGUGGGCACCGCCACAGAGGACUGGACUGCGACCGAUACUGCCGGCAACACUGCAACUGGUAGCUUCACUGUUAAGGUCAAUGACAACGAGGACCCAGCGCUGACGGUGCCUGCAAACAUCGUGGUGAACAAUGACCCUGGACUGUGUGCGGCCGUCGUGAACUAUGCCCCUCCCACGGCAACGGACAACUGUGCAGUACCGACGAUUGCACUGACCGGCGGACCAACCUCUGGCGCAAGUGUCCCUGUUGGCAGCGCUGGUGUGACCUUCACUGCGACCGAUGCGGCUGGCAACACUGCAAUCAGGAGCUUCAGUGUUCAGGUCAAUGACAACGAUCCUCCGACUCUUGAGGUGGAGGAUGUCGAUGUGAAUUCCUGCACGCCGACUGUGGUGACAUUCUCCCCUGCUGCGGCCGACAACUGCCCAGGGGCGACAGCUGCUUGCAGCCCGUCAUCGGGCUCCGAGUUCCCCGUCGGCGAGACAGAAGUGACCUGCACGGCAGUCGAUGCCGCGGGCAAGACCACUCAAGAGAGCUUCGUCGUUUUGGUGAAGUGUGAUGGCCAUGGCUACUACAAAAAGUCCCAUGGCAACAACAUGCGCAAACGCAGAAACCCCCACAUGAAGAAGUGGUUGCACUACUGGGAUCAGUAUCGCCGGUGA